CUGUGUCCGUCUGUCUUGGCUCCGGUGGUGGGUGUGCAUGCAUGUGUUCUGCACCGUACGGGCGGAAGAAGCGCCCAAGGUCUGCAGGGAGCAUUUUUCCCGUCAGCAAAGUGGCGCAGACGGAGCUGGAGCGCAGAGAGAGCACGGAGGGGGCCGUGGACGGCAGCAGGAUGACAGUGCAGGAAUUUAACACCCUGGUCGCGCUGUACCGGGAGCAGGUCAUCUCCGUCGGGGAGAUCUCCAUCGACUGUCCGUCUCUGCGGGCUCAGAUGCACCACACGCGGUCCAAAGGAUGCUCCAUGGCCCGGGCUGCACACCAGGACCUCACCGUCAUCUCAGUUUCAGGGUAG